UCAGAUGUUAAUUAUAGUGAACCACUUGAAAGUCUUAGUAAGAAAAUAAUUGAACUUCAAAAUGCUUUGUUAGCAAACAACCAUUAUCUUCAAGAUGUAAAACCUGAUUGGAAAUAUAAUUUGCAUAACAAAAAUGUGUUUUCUGAUUUGUAUGCACAAUUUGAUGGUUUACUUAAAGACAUGAAAAAAAAAGAACUUGGAGAAUUAAAAUCUACUGACGGUUUAACUACUAAAGAAAUUUGGCAUAUAUUAAAUCAUGAAGUACUAGAUCCAAAUACUCCUUUAGGAUUACUAAAACAGCAAAUUGUGAACAUACCAAAUGAAAUAGAUGGAAGUCAGUUUGAUUUAACUAUAUCUUUUCCAUCUGAUUUACAAAAUGUCGCAGAACCAAAUGCUAAUAUAAGAAAAUAUAUUUCUUUAUGUCCUAAAAACUCCAAGUGUUCAAAUUUUUAUCUUUUUGCUUCUCGAAGUUCAAAUGCUAUUGUUAAAGAAAACUGGUAUUUGGAUAAACCAUUAGCUGAUUGUACAAUCCAGUCAUUUUUUAAAUUGAUCUGCAUUGAAUGUAGAAUAAAUAUUGAAAAAAGAAAUAUUAGUAAUCACUCAAAUAGAAGAACAAGUAUUAUGGAAUUAUUUAGCAUUAGAGUACCUGAAAAUACUGGUCAUGCAAUUAGUGAACACAAAUCUUCUGAUGGAUAUUAUGCUUAUGCAAAACCUACAGAUAAUCAUAACAGAGAAGCAUUAGUAAAUAUCCUUAAUAAAAUAAUUGCUUCAUCUUCAUCAUCUACUGAAGCAUUUCAAAAUUCGAUUAAAGAUUCUGAUUCUAAAGCUGAUGAUUAUAAAGACUUACAAAAUUAUAUAUUUGAAGAUGAUUAUAUAAGUAAAGAUAUAUCUGCACAAGUAAUAAUUUAA